GGCGAGUCUCAGAAAAUCGUACAUCUUUUGAAUGAGUUCCAGGCUGCUUAUGUCGAACAGAACUGUGCCCGAUCACAUUCUAAUUUCCGUAGUCCUGAUACCGUUAUGAUAUUGGCUUACGCUAUCAUGAUGCUACAUACGGACGCCUACAAUUCCAACAUUCGACCGAACGCAAAGAUGACCAGAGAGGACUUUGUAAAGAACUUGCGUGGAGUUGAUGAAGGUUACUGCUUUAUUAAUUCUGGUUUCGUAUAA